AUGUCCGAGAACUCGCCUCCUUUGAGCCCAUGGAUUCGACUUCCGGAAACAGAUCGCUCGAAUGUUUCUCCACACUUAGACGAUUUUGACGGUUUAGGUGAUGAUCCUUCUCUUCUUGGAAGAAAGAUUGUUAGUUCACCCGACUCCGAUGCUGGUAGUGCAACACACCCGGUCUCUCUUGGAGUUUCCGUCGAAGAGUCCAAGCGUGAUCUCCGAACUCGGUUUAGGAUUCCUAAAGAGCUUGAUAAGAUCUUGACUGAGUGGGGGACUCGCGGUAGAGCUCCGAAGCGCUUUUUGAAGUUUCCAAAGGACACGAACAGAAUUCACGAAGCCUUCGUUGCUCGGAGGUGUCAUUGGAGGAAGCACUUCUCGCUUCGCCGAGUUGAGAGAGCUAGAGCUCGGCGCACCGGUUCCACUCUUCUGGGUUCAUCUUCGUCUUCGAAUCACACCGAUUUUAGUGCAUUCAAGUCUACCAGGCUUACCCUUCGCGACAAGAUAGCCUUGGCAAAGAAGAAAACUGCUGAGGCGGUGCAGCACACCGAGGAGCAGCAGCUUGCAGAGGUGGAUACGCACACCGAGGUUGAGCCAGACACCGCGACUAGGACACACAUCGAGUCGGCUACACCGGUUCCAGAUGACGCUACCGCUGACCAGUCUUCUAGUUCUUUAGACUCGGUUCGCGCAGCCCUGAACCGAUAUGGGUCAACUCUGGCGAUUCGCCCGUCCACCUCCUCAGUGAUUCGUCAUGAAGAGACAAGUCACAGAGAUGGGAGCCGCAAGCGUGGAACGGAUAGCAGAAGAGAGUCUCGUUUCGAUGAGAGGGCUCCAAAGCAGCCGAGACGUUCCUCUAGUGAUCGUGAAACGGCUGCUAUUGACACUGACUGGACUGCUGCCUCAAUGCUUUCCAAGAUCACUCUUCCCGGCACUCGUUUUCCUUCUCCCAAUACCCUCCAGGGCGAAGGAAGUUACACCGAGAUGGCUCGUCAUGGAGUCCAAUUCAUCUCCCACCUCAACAAGAUGACUUUGGAUUACGAGGCGGAGUCUAAGGCAAAUAGGCGUCAGCUCGAGGACGCGUAG